AUGAGCGCCACCAGCACCGCUGCCUCGACAGGGACUGGCACGGGCGUUAUUCCUGCACCUGUGGGUGUAACGCCUGAUUUAGACAGUCCAGAGAAGCACUAUUAUACUGCGAACCUGGUUGUGGUCACUAUAGGUGUAACAAUCAGUACGUUAGGUCUCCUGGUGAGACUAUAUACGCGGGUGGUUAUUGUGCGGAAGUGGCUGCUUGAUGAUGGGGGCUACACCAACGCCGGCCUAGGCGUCCACGAAUGGGACCUCACCCCUACCGUAUACAACCGAACCGUCCGAGUCCUCCUCCUCGGCGCAAUAAUGUACAUUCCCGCCCUCGGUCUAUCCAAAAUUUCCCUCAUUAUUCUCUACUACCGGCUCUCUGAUAUGCAACGGGAAUGGCGCAUAACCUUAUGGGGCAUGACCGCCUUCGUCGUCGCCUACAUGAUUGUCCUUGAAUGUUUAUUUCUGUUUACUUGCGAGCCGGUACAUAAGUCCUGGUACCCUGACAUAGACGGACGCUGCUGGAGUAAAGCCCCGAUCUUCAUGGCGGGCGUGGUGGCAAGUAUGUUUAUUGAUUUGGUAUUGCUGGUCAUGCCGCUGCCUAUUGUUCUGAAGUUGCAAAUAACCUCAAAGAAGAGGUUUGGGUUGAUUCUUAUGUUUGGGUUGGGCGGUUUGUCACUAGUUACGAGUACAUUGCGACUGGCGGCUACGGUGCCGAUGUUGACGCAGCAAGACCAGACAUAUUUGCUGGGUGCGGUGGCUCUUUGGAUUAAUGUCGAGGCAAGUUUGGUCAUCGUCACAGCUUGCGUACCAUCGUUCCGACAAGUCUUGAGGUUCCAUGCGUCUGGAUGGCGGAGUGAUAGUGGCGGAAGGCUUGAUAGGAUGUCCAGCACUUGCAAUCUUCGCAGUGUGCAGCGGAGACAGGAAGGGUUCACGAAUCUGAGCUUUGAUCUGGAGAUGGAUCAAGCUGACUCGCGUGGACAUGACUCGGCUGGGGCACAGACCUAGAAGGGAA